AGUCAUGGAGGAUGUUGGUUAGUGUGUAGUGUGAGUAUGGUGGGAAAAGUCAUGUCUGCCUGUCUGCUGCCUCUCCUCUGUGUCCUGGUGGGCUGGUCGGCCGCCUUCACGGAGGCCACCAUGGGCCACACGGAAGAGUUGGACUUGACACAUAACGUCAUAUUCAACCAGAUUGCUCUACAACAGCUGCAGGAGGAGCAGCGAGGUGUCGAGGAAGGUGUUAAAAGUAUGCUGAUGGUGAUGGCCAACCUGACUGACCUGGUCUCCACUCACCUGACUCUUGAUGACAGGUAUACGCAAGGUGUGAAGGAGAGGGAGAACGCUACCCGCCGCCUCCUGGACACUCUGGACCAGCUGGAGUGCGUCAACAAGGCUCACCAAGCUGACAACCUCAAGCUGGAGGAGGAAAACACUCGCCUAAAUACAGCGAUUCAUUUGCUCGAGGAGGACAACAGGAAGACUAAGAACGAAGUGCAACUUGCUCAGGAGGAGAUUGUCCUAUUAAAGUCCCAGAUCCGUCAAGUGGAGGAAGACUCGAGGCUGGUCAAGGAGGAGAUCCGUCAAGUGGAGGAGGACUCGAGGCUGGUCAAGGAAGAAAACAGGAAGACUAAGAACGAAGUGCAACUUGCUCAGGAGGAGAUUGUCCUAUUAAAGUCCCAGAUCCGUCAAGUGGAGGAAGACUCGAGGCUGGUCAAGGAGGAGAUCCGUCAAGUGGAGGAGGACUCGAGGCUGGUCAAGGAAGAAAACAGGAAGACUAAGAAUGAUGUUCGUUUAUCAGAGGAGGCGAAUCGUCAUCUAAUGGCUGACAUUCGUCAAAUGGAGGAGGACUCGAGGCAGGCCAAGGCGAGGAACCGACAGCUGGAGCUGGCGGAGACCCAAGCCCAGGAGAGGGUCAUGACGGCGUUGACGAGGAUCACUGAGCUAGAGCGAGAGACACAACAGCUGCGAGACAUGAAUAAUAACACAGCAGGAGAAAAAAGUCUUGUUCAAGAGCUACUCUCCGUCAUGGCAGAAAAGAGUCGCUUGAGGGAAGAGGAACACGAGAAGUGCAAGAGGAAUGUCAGUGAGCUGACCACAAGGGUGACAACGGCCAAGGACUGUGCUGAACUGUACUGCCGGGGAGCAAGGCUGGAUGGCGUCUACUUCAUCAAACCUGACAGGGAGGGGCGGCCGGUGUCUUCCUGGUGUGACAUGACUACUGACGGAGGUGAGUAA